AUGGAAGUCCGCGGCGGGGACCCGCUGUGCAGCUGCGGACGCGGGAAGGACGUCGAGGGCAUGCGCGCGGUGGAGCUUUGGCGGGACUUCGCCCCGCUGGUGACUCGGAUCGCGCUCUCCCCGCUAUUUGCUGUGUCAUACUUGGAGCAGGUCCGUGCGCCUAUCCCGGGCGAAGACACCGCUGAGGCUAGUGUCAACGCAGCGAGUCGGUGCAGCAGGUGCAACAAACCGGGACGGCUCCGUGAUUUCAAGAAGUGCGGCAGGUGCAGAAUCGUGAUGUAUUGUUCUAAGACCUGCCAGAGAUCUGACUGGAAGGCCCACAAACUCGCGUGUGCGACCUUGGUCCAAAAGUAA